AGUGCUUAUACAUUGCAUAGUGGCCUAAAUCAAGAUCCGUUGAAUCCAUAUGACACGGGGUUCAGAUUUGCACAACUGGUGAUUGAUUGGGAACACAUUGGCUUUGAAGACUUCCAUGAUAAUUCUAUUUGCAAAGUGCUGCCUGAAGGUCGCAGUGAUCAAUACAUUGAUGAUUACUAUACACCUCGUUAUGAUACUACUGGAAACAACUAUGUAUCAUCGACUAGGUACUGCUCUUGUCGUGAUGGUUUCGAAGGGAAUCCGUAUCUAGGCCCUGAAGAAGGAUGCAUUGAUGUAAAUGAAUGCAGCAACUCAACAUUGAAUAUAUGUGGUGCUGGAGCACUUGCUUACUUGCAUUCUUCUUCGUCUGCACCUAUCUAUCACCGCGAUAUCAAGUCAUCGAACAUACUUUUGGAUGACAAAUACCGCGCCAAAGUCUCAGAUUUUGGGAUAUCAAGAUCAGUAGCUGUUGAUCAAACUCACCUGACCACGCGUGUGCAUGGAACCUUUGGCUAUUUGGAUCCCAAGUAUUUCCUGUGGAGCCAGUUCACAGAAAAGAGCGAUGUCUAUAGCUUUGGCGUGGUUUUGGUUGAGCUUUUAACCGGUGAGAAAGCAGUGUCAGCAAUCAGAGCUGCAGAGGGGAGGGGUUUGGCUGCACACUUCCUGCAUUCCAUGGAGGAAAAUCAGCUGUUUAAUAUUCUCGAUGCAAGGGUGAUCAAAGAGGGCACAAAGGAAGAGAUUCUAGCUAUAGCUGAACUUUCUCGAAGAUGUCUGCAUCCGAACGGUAAGAGAAGGCCAACGAUGAAGGAAGUGGCAGUCGAGUUGGAAAGCAUACGUUUGAUCGAAGAAGGAAACUUUCAACAAGACGAAGGCAAAGAAUGCAAUAUUGUUGAAGUUGAUGAGUCUGGUGAAUUCUCCUUCACCUCAGAAAGCAGAGGUGGUGAUACAAUCACUCAAUAUUUAUAA